AUGACAAGCCACAGAACAUCGGAGCGUGAAUACUUUUACAAUGAAUCAAUUUUCAAGAAAAGAAGUCUACGCCACGACGAAUUCGAUUUCCCAGAAACCAUCCAGUUUUUGACGGAGCGCAUGACGAACGAAAAUGCCGCACUCAUAUACGUCAAAGAAAACACGACCAUCCCGGUUCCAGAAGUGAUCGAGUUCUCUCAGAAAGAUGGUUCUUGGACGCUCAUCACCAAGAUCAUUCCUGGUGUUAUGUUGAGAGACAUUGAAGCCUCCAAGAGGCAAGCUGCCAUCGAAGCGGUAAACCAACAGAUGGCGCUUGAAAUACUUCCUCAACUUCAUAGACUCACGCGUCAAGAGAUUGGGAGUGUCGACAUGAACAUUCCAGUCUAUCCUCCAAGCGUUGUCUUGACCGAGCAUCCACACAAGUCCUGGGAUCGUAUCACAUGCAAGGAUAGCAAGUUCGUCUUUUGCCAUAAUGAUCUUUCCGGGCACAACAUACUGGUCGAUCCCGAGACUUACGAGAUUGUCGGUAUCGUUGAUUGGGAGUAUUCAGGAUUUUUCCCACCGUGGUUCGAGGAAGACUUGUGGAAGGAGAGAUUCAAUCAGCGGGACCAAACGCGAAGGAAAGCACACGUCCAGAGAGUGUAUAACUUCUUCCAAAGACAGAAGGAUUCGAUAAGCAAUGAUUUUGUCGGCGAAGCAAAAGCACAGCAAGAGGUAUUGGGGGACUUGAAGGAUGAUCUGAAGACCUGCUCAAACUGA